AUGCCUCUUCAUCCUCAUGACGGAGCUAGCCGAGCGUCUCAGUUACUAUGGUAUCAACCAAGGUCUCAAGAACUUCAUGCAGAAAAUCGGAUGGAGUCUCGUGUCUGCCAGUGCCUUGAAGAGUACCUGGACGUCCAUUUGCUACCUGACUCCGUUGUUCGGUGCUUACCUGGCCGAUGA